CCGACGGAUUAGCUUUUCUUGUUGGUUUUUUUUCUCAUUUUCGAUAUUGCAUCGCGAAAAGUAAAGCCUUCUGCAAUCCGCAAAAAGGGAUUUUCUAGUCCCUGAAACGAGAAAAAUGUGUAUUUAGUGUCGUACGCGGAACGCAUCAAUAAACGACUCAAUUGUGUGACAAAAAGUUUAUAUUGUGUUACCAAAGUCUAGUGAAGGAGAGAAAAAAAAAUGAAUCGUUCAUCUAAGAUAAACUAUCGGAAAACAGCCGGCUAUUCAAGUCUUAUUACGUUCGCCGUACUGCUGCUGGCCUGGUUGUGCGGAUUCUCUAGCCGUCUGUUUGCCGUUAUCCGGUUUGAGAGCAUCAUUCAUGAGUUCGAUCCUUGGUUUAAUUAUCGUGCCACCGCACACAUGGUGGAAAAUGGUUUCUACAAGUUCCUUAAUUGGUUUGACGAAUCGGCCUGGUACCCGUUGGGUCGUAUCGUCGGAGGAACCGUUUACCCUGGACUAAUGAUUACUUCUGGUGGAAUUCACUGGUUGCUACACGCGUUGAAUAUUCCGGUCCACAUCCGGGACAUAUGUGUCUUUUUGGCACCGAUAUUCAGUGGCCUGACGGCCAUUUCGACGUAUCUGUUGACCAAGGAGCUCUGGUCUGCCGGUGCUGGAUUGUUUGCGGCUAGUUUUAUUGCCAUUGUGCCGGGAUACAUUAGCCGGUCGGUGGCUGGUUCGUACGAUAAUGAGGGAAUUGCUAUCUUUGCCCUACAGUUUACCUAUUUUCUGUGGGUGAAAGCGGUUAAAACGGGCAGUGUUUACUGGGCGGUUUGCUCUGCAUUGUCUUACUUCUACAUGGUUUCGGCCUGGGGUGGUUAUGUUUUCAUUAUCAAUUUGAUUCCAUUGCACGUUUUUGUGCUGCUUAUUAUGGGCCGCUAUUCGCCUAGACUGUUCACUUCUUACACUACCUUCUACAUUCUGGGGUUGAUUUUAUCCAUGCAAAUUCCGUUCGUUGGGUUCCAACCGAUCCGGACGAGUGAACAUAUGGCCGCUUCCGGUGUGUUUUUGCUGCUGUUUGCCGUUGCUGCACUCAAACAUUUGCAGACGGUACUCUCCAAGCAGGAGUUCAAGAAACUGUUCAUCAUCGGUGGGUUGGCUGCCGCUGGACUUGUGUUUGCCGGUGUCGUUCUACUGACAGUGCUGGGUGUGAUUGCCCCUUGGAGUGGACGAUUUUAUUCGCUGUGGGAUACUGGCUACGCUAAGAUUCACAUUCCGAUUAUCGCUUCCGUAUCGGAGCAUCAACCGACGACUUGGUUUUCCUUCUUUUUUGAUCUGCACAUUCUGGUUUGUACAUUCCCCGUUGGUCUCUGGUACUGCAUCAAGAAGAUCAACGACGAGCGGGUGUUUGUGAUCCUUUACGCCAUCAGUGCAGUGUACUUUGCUGGCGUGAUGGUCCGUCUGAUGUUGACGCUAACUCCUGUUGUUUGCAUUCUGGCUGGCGUUGCCUUCUCCGGUUUGCUUGAGGUAUUUCUGAAGGAGGAUGCCAAUCCAAACAACAAGGACGGAAAUGAUUCCGAACAGGACGAAACGGCUGGCGGCGAGAAGAAGCAACUUUACGACAAGGCUGGAAAACUAAAGCACCGUCCGAAACAUGACAGUUCAUCCCACGCGGCGCACGGUGAGCAGAACGUUGGAAUGGGUUCCAAUGUUAAGAGUAUAAUAAUCGUUACUGUACUGAUGCUGUUGAUGAUGUUUGCCGUACACUGUACCUGGGUGACAUCGAACGCGUACAGCAGCCCGUCAAUUGUGCUGGCGUUCUACAAUAGCAACGACGGAACACGCAACAUCCUGGACGAUUUCCGCGAGGCGUACUACUGGCUGUGGCAGAACACCGCUCCGGAUGCGCGCGUAAUGUCCUGGUGGGAUUAUGGCUAUCAGAUAGCGGGUAUGGCAAACCGGACAACCCUCGUGGAUAAUAACACGUGGAAUAACAGUCACAUAGCGCUCGUUGGGAAGGCAAUGUCAUCACCGGAGGAUAAGGCGUACGAGAUCAUGACUUCGCUCGAUGUUGACUAUGUGCUGGUGAUUUUCGGCGGCGUUAUUGGCUACAGCGGAGAUGACAUUAACAAAUUCCUAUGGAUGGUGCGAAUAGCCGAAGGCGAACACCCGAAAGAUAUUCGAGAGAGUGACUACUUCACCGAUCGCGGCGAGUUUAGGAUCGAUGCUGAGGGAGCGCCAGCUCUACUGAAUUGUCUAAUGUAUAAGUUGAGUUACUACAAGUUUGGUGAGCUGAAGCUAGAUUACAGAGGUCCCGCUGGCUACGACCGUACCCGAAACGCUGUCAUUGGAAACAAGGACUUCGAGCUAACGUACUUGGAGGAGGCGUAUACCAGCGAGCAUUGGUUGGUGCGUAUUUAUCGGGUCAAAAAACCGCAUGAAUUCAAUCGACCUACUUUGAAAGCGGACGAUCGAAUCGUUCCGGCCGGUGACUUUGUAUCUCGCAAAACCUCCAAGAGGAGGAAAGGUCUUAUUAAGAAUCGUCCAGUAGUAGUGAAAGGAAAGCGAAAUAAGUAAGCUGACUGCUGAGCUGUGGAGAACAUUUAUCGGGAGUUGCGAAAUAAAGAGAUGUAGGUAUCUCUUUCGGUGUGAUUAUGACCCUUUAUAUUGUGUCGUAGAUUUUCUUACGCUGUAAAAUUAGUUUUCAACUGCAUCAGUUUCUAGCAAUGUUUCCUCUUGAAAUACAGAUUAGUUUAAUAAAUAUCUGGUUGAAUUGUGUAAAAUUGUGCCGCGAAGAGUUAAAUUUUUUUUGUAGGAAAAGUGAUGGGCACUUUAUGGAGAAGCUGAACGGCCAAACCUCAAUCGAAUUGCUUUAGAUUUUACAUAUUACGGCAAACUUGAACACCCACUCUCGUUUAUUUGUUAGCUUUUUUGGAUUAUUUUUUAGUUUCUCAAUUGUAGGUUGUAGGUUUAAAAGCUCACAACCUAUCGAUGAAGGCUGUUUACGAAAACUCUAUGGUAGGUUAUUAAGGCAGAAGCAUUUACAAUCCGCUAGUUUGAAUGAGUUUGAUUUCCGGUUACAUCUUAUAACCGUAUCCACAGAGCACGGACAUCGACUGCGAUUAGGAAACAAAGUGUCAGAACAGACUUUUGUACAAGUCAUUUGUGCAGAAAAAGCGUGUAGUUUAAAAACAGUUUCAAUGAAUAUGAAAA